AUGGCAUCAAACCAAACCCUCCUCGUCACAGGCGCCAACGGCUACAUCGGCACCCACGUCGUCGGCCUCGCCCUCGAAGGCGGGUACAAUGUUCGCGCAACGGCCCGCUCCGAGUCGUCAAUCAAUAACCUUCGUUCCCUCUUCCCCGACUCGUCUCAACGACUCUCCUUCGCCAUCGUCCCAGACAUCACCAAGCAUGAAUCCUACCAAGACGCACUUGCCGGCGUGACGGGCAUCAUCCACACCGCAUCCCCCUUUAUCCUCAACCCCAAGAACAACGAGACGGACCUCCUGCAGCCGGCCAUUAACGGCUCGCUUGCCAUCCUCGAGGCCGCGAGGCUAUACGGUUCCGAGGUGAAGCGCAUCGUCAACGUAUCGUCGUUUGCGUCCAUCGUCGACUUGGCCAAGGGGUACCGGCCGGGCCACACCUACACCGAGGACGACUGGAACCCGAUGAGCUACGAAGAGGCGUCCAAGACGGACAGCGGCGCCGCGGCGUACUGCGCCUCCAAGGCCCUUGCGGAGAAGGCCAUGUGGCGCUGGAUGGGCGAGAACACGGCCGUGGCGUUCACGCUGGCCAACAUCUGCCCGCCGUGGGUGUUCGGCCCGUACCUCGGCACUCCCGACCUUGGCCGCCUGAGCGAGUCGAUGGGGCUUCUCUGGAAGCUGGUUGACGCAAAGGAGGUCCCGCCGACGGACUUUGGCGGCUACGCUGACGUGCGGGACGUCGCGCGGGCGCUGGUCGGCGCGGUCGAGACGCCGGCGGCUGGAGGCGAGCGGUUCCUUGUCGGUGGAGGAUUCGACUGGCAGACUGCGGCAGAUCUCGUCCGCGAGGAGGUUCCGGAGGCGAAGAGCAGGGUCCCAGAGGGACGUCCGGGGUACGGGAGGACAGAAGAGCGGUACACCGUUGACGGGAGCAAGGCGGAGCGAGUGCUGGGGCUGAAGUAUACGCCCCUGAACGCCUCCUUGAGGGACUCCAUUCAGCAGUUGAUUGCGGUGGAGAAAGCUUCCAAGUCUGCUUGA